AUGCGGAUACUAACCGAUAACGACCUGUCCAUCAAAAACCAAGAAGUUCGUGACCUUUUAGGGCAAUAUGGGGUAAAAUUUGGGACAUCGACAAUGUAUUACCCCCAAGGCAACAACCAAGCAAAAGCUACGAACAAGACGCUACUAAAAAUGCUAAGCAAAACAAUAGUUGACAACCAAAAAGAUUGGGCAAAGAAUCUAUCAGAGACCCUGUGGGCUUAUCGCACGAUGAUCAAGAAAAGCACACAAGCGACACCCUAUUCUUUGGUUUAUGGACAAGAAGCAGUACUGCUAGUAGAGAUCAAGGUUGUGUCUGCUAGGAUAGCUACGAUAAUUGAUAAAAAGAUCAGACCAGAGGAUCUGGAUGAUUUACUUGCAAACAAACUCAAGGCGGUGGAUGAAGUUAGAGAUAGGGCGGCAGAAAAGCAAGACAAAUAUAAACAAGCAUUAGCAAUUAACUUCAACAGACCCUUGAGACCUAGAAGCUUCAAUGAGGGAGACAAAGUGUUGAAGACAACCCUCAACGUUACACAGGGCAUAUCUGCAGAAAAUUUUGCACCGACAUAG